AUGGCGGGCACAAAGUUCGCAUACGUGAAAAUUUUUGAGCUCCCGGAUCCCCUCCUCCCGGGAACCUACAUUCUCGUGCGUUUGGACGGACAUGGCUUCCAUCGAUUAUCUCAGGAUCAUGAUUUCGUGAAGCCAAAUGACGAGCGGGCUCUGCAGCUCAUGGACCAUGGCGCGCGAGAUGUCAUGAAUGAGUUCAAGGACAUCAUGCUUGCAUUCGGCGAGUCGGACGAGUAUAGCUUUUUGUUCCGCAAGUCAACUGCUUUGUACAAUCGCCGCCAAGCCAAGAUUCUCACCACGGUGGUGUCUCUAUUCACCUCCUCAUACGUCUUCAACUGGCCGCGUUAUUUCCACAGUUUGUCGCUCAAGUAUCCUCCUUCCUUUGACGGUCGAAUAGUCCUAUACCCUUCGGCUAAGGAAGUCCGAGACUACUUUGCCUGGAGGCAAGCGGACACUCAUAUAAACAACCUCUACAAUACUACAUUUUGGGCUCUUGUGCAGCAGGGUGGGCAGACGACGACAGAAGCGCACUCUACACUUCGGGGGACGGUCUCGAAGCAAAAGCACGAGGUGCUCUUCUCCCGCUUCGGCAUAAACUACAACGAUAUUGCGGAGCGGUACAGGAAAGGCAGCGUGCUCGUGCGGGAGAAGCUAACCGCGGCUGAUGCAAGUGGGAUCACCGAGCGCAUGCCGGUAGAGGAUGACGACCCUGAGGGUGGGGCUGGAGGGACAAAGGAAGUUCAGAGCGAGAAGAAGAAUAAGAAGCCGAAAAUCCACGCACAAGUCCAGCUGUACCACUGCGACAUUAUUGAGCAGGCAUUCUGGGACGCACGACCAUACCUACUAGAGUAA